AUUUUUGAUAAUUAAGUAGUUAGAAUUUACAACAGUCGUUCUUAUUUUAUUUUGGAUAUUUGUUUUUAUGAAUCUUAUUCGGUCUCCAAAAGGCUCGAAAACACUUUUUCAUGUUUCGUUGCCUCAAGAUGAUGGAAAAGUAUGCAGCGAAAUUCGGUCCUUACAAUCAUCACCCAAUAUUUCUAGCAUAAUAAAAGAUGGAGUAGAGUCAUCUAAACUUAUUGAUCAAACUUCUAGUUCACAAGGACAACAAUUGGAUCAUUCAUCUAAACUUUUUGAUAUUCAAAGACCUUUUUCUCCUUCUCAUUUUUUUUCGCAGCAUGGGAAUUCUUUUAUAACAAGAUUGCAGUCGGAAGAAAUGUGCGAUUCUCAAAGUUUAUCUUCAUCAAAUUCUGGUAUACCUAAUUUAGUUGGAUAUUGGCCUGUAGCACCUCUACAAACUGGAUCUAGAUCUGACUCACAUGUUUUUCAGCAGCAUCCUUAUUUAGUUUUUCAACAACAAUUACUUUCACCAUUGAACACUCGUUUUGAACAUUCUUAUUCGCCACAGGCUACAACACACUUUCCAUUAUCUGUUUAUUCGUCAUAUCUUUCUCAAAGAAAUUUGGAUUCUUCUUUUGGGAUGAAUAGGCAACCACAACCAGCCGAUAAAUUUCCCUCACUUCCAUUUAGUACAUCGCCUCUUUAUCAACUUCAUGAUAAUAAUUUAGCUAAUUAUCAUUCUUAUUUACAAUUCCCAUCUCUGCAUAAUACUUAUCCUCCUAUGGGUUCUAUUUCAUAUAGUUCUGGUGAAUAUUCUAACUAUUAUAUAAAUAAUCAACCUGUUUUUUCUGAUCUAACUUCUGGAAAUGAUAUUACAUCACAAUCUUAUACACAAUUUUUAUCACGAAACCAUUCUUUUCCUCCUUCAAAACAAUCAAAAUCUGCUGAAUAUUUACCAUCUGCACGCUCUAUUAAAACUGGUAACUCUUUUUCUAAUCGGCCAUUUAAAUGUGAUCAAUGUUUUCAAAGUUUUAAUAGGAAUCAUGAUUUAAAAAGACACAAAAGAAUUCAUUUGGCUGUUAAGCCUUUCCCCUGUCCAAGUUGUGAAAAAUCUUUUUCACGUAAGGACGCUCUCAAAAGACAUAUUUUAGUUAAAGGAUGUAUUGGAUAA